UUUAUCCUUCGACACGCAGUGGGGCAAUACGGUGGGCACCAGAAAACAUUGUUGAUUCGAUUCGAAUGAGAAGGACCGCCAAUCUAACCUGCGUGAUAUUUUAGACCAGUACCGUUUUCCUUCUCAUCACUCAUAUUGCAGAUAAAACGGAAUUACAGAAUAUCAAAUGUUGUGCGACCGACACCCAUCUAACAGUCAACGAUGAAAUAAGGAUGAGCCCUCCAGGGCUGUAGACGCGCCCUAGCUGGAGACAUGUUCUAAGGGCAGCAGGAGACCUGCGCUGUGACAACCAUGAAAGGGUUAGGAGUCAAUCGCAGCCGUCACCUGUCGGACUCCUGUGAGCCAUCGGGGGCCCCAAAGAAGCCCCUGUACCCCUUGACCUCUGACGCCCACGGCCCCUUCCUUCUGAGCCCCACCAUGAACCACUACGGCACCCUGGACCCCCACCAACUCUACCAGGGCCCCAACCCCCAAUCCCUGCCUUCGGAGUGCCUGCUGCCCCUCAACCAGAUGUCCAACAGCAGCACAUUCCCCCGCCUCCACUUCACCUCCCAACAAGAGCAGGCUGACUACUCCCCGGACUGCUCCCAGGGCUACAUGGUCCCUGCCGGGGGUGGGCCUGUGGGCAGGCGGGCGGGCACCCUGUCCACCUCCAUGUCCAUGGGCCUGGGUCUUAGAGGGGCUCCCAUGAUCACCAGUGGAUCAGUUACCAUCUCCUCUGCAGCAGCAGCCAAGAUGAACCGGCUGCCAUCUAACCUGUUGGACCAGCUGGAGAAGCACCUACCUCUGCAAAGGGAUGGCUUCAGUACCCUCCAGUUCCACCGGGGCAGGGUGGCCAAGCAGCGCAGCGAGAGUCCCGGACGCAUCCGUCACAUCAUGCACUCUGUCCAGAAGCUCUUCAACAAGUCCCAGUCACUGGAGGGCUCGGUGGUCAAGGGCAACAUGAACAGCACUACAGGGGGAGGUGAGGAGGGGACUAGGCAGACCCGCAGGAGUAAGAGUAAAGACAGGGCUAAGACUGAGACACUGAAGCAGCAACCUAGCAGGCAGAAUGCACUGGGGCUCUGGCGCUCAGACAAUGCCCUGGACAGUGACACAACCACCAAAGCUGGCACUAUCGCCGUGGGCUACCGUAACCCACUUAGCAUGAUGACACUGGGCAGGGCGGUGUCGGACAGCCAGGCUCCUCCCAGGCACCUCCCACAGGGCUACAACACCAUCUCUGCUCACACACUCAAGGCCUCCAAGAGCAGCAGCGACCUCAAGUACCUGGCCUGCCCGCAAGCGCUGGUAGGGACCAGGGGAGGGGAGCUGGUGGGAGGAGGAGGCAGGGAGAGCACCCUUGUGAAGAGAGGCUCCUGGUCCACACUGACCCUCAGCCAGGCCAGGCAGGUGCUCCAGAAGGGCUCAGCCACAGUCAACAGGAAGCUGCUCAAAACCAAGUCGUGUCACCAGGACCUGACCUGUCAGUACCUCCAGGUAGGAGGCCCAAUUCCCCUGGGGGACUGGAGCGCUACGCUGGGGGGCCGGGGCCAGCCCGGGGGUCUGGAGAUCCCCUGCCGGAGGAUGCGUAGUGGCAGCUACGUCAAGGCCAUGGGGGACGUGGAUCAGGACAGCGAGGAGUCGGAGGGAAGCCCCAAACCCUCACCCAAAACAGCUGCCCGCCGCCAGAGCUACUUGAAGGCCACCCAUCAGUCCCUGAGCGAGCAGCAGCCUCCACCACCACUGCACAACUGUCUCCCCUCCCUGAGAGAGCUCUCCACCAAUCGGAGCCUGGACAACCUGGACUGCUUGGUGAGCCCAGGAGAGCCCCCGAUGGCCAUGCGGCACUGGAAUGAUGGCAAAGACUUCCACCAGAGCUACUCUACCCUGGGCAGGGGCAUGAUGAGCAGUGGGCAGGUGUGUGGGCAGGGCUGCGGGCGCUCGCUGUACUGCGAGGGGGAGUCCCAGGCAGUGGAGGCUCUGAACCUGCCCACACCGACGUGCUUUCGCUCCCGCAGCCACAGCUACCUGCAGGCCAUCCAGGCCGGCUGCUCCCAGGAUGAGGACACCGCCUCAGUGGACUCUGAUUCACCUCCACCCACCACCACCGGCUGCACCUACACCUCCAGUCCCACACUGCCGACGUGUGUAAACAGCUCCUGUAAGAAGGCUCCCCCGCCGGUCCCUCCGCGCACUACCUCCACGCCCUACAUCUCUGUGACGGUGCAGAGCAGCACUGAGUCGGCCCAGGACACAUACCUGGACCAACAGGACCACCGUGGCGAGGCCAACAGCCAAUCAGGACGCAGCAGCAACUCUUCCGACAGCCUCUGUAGCCUGCGUACAGGCAGCCUGGCCAAGGGCUCAAAGCCCCCAGCCACCGUCGCUGCCCCUGUCCCUGCCCCGAGGGACUCCCACCCACCACCCUCCUCCACCACCACCCAGUCUUCGCCACAGAUCCAGCCCCAGAAUGAUACCCUAAGCCCAGGCCCCAGCCUCACCCCAGACCAGUCCCUGACCCUACCAGAGCCUGUUCCCACCAAAAGGAAGCUCUCGUCUAUCGGCAUCCAGGUGGAUUGCGUUCAGCCAAUCCAGAGAGAGGAUCAACCGCCUCCCUCGACCAAGUUCCAGUCUAUUGGAGUGCAGGUGGAGAACGGCAGGCCACUCAGCCGGGCCAGCAGCAUGGCCUCCAGACAGGAGACAGAGACAGAGCCUCAAGACUCUAAACAAGAUGUCCCUACCUCAGAAAACAACAGUACAGUCCACUGCAACAGCCAGCCACUAGACCCCGACCCCACUGCUUCCAACGGUAAGGAGUGCGCGGUGGUGCGGCAGUCCCCUAAACAUCCCUCUUUCCCGGCUAGAGCAUCCGCCUCCCUCCCAGAGAGCCUGGACCCGACCUUGGAUCCCUCCUUCCUGCCUCCUCCGGACCCCAGCUUGGUGGGUGGAAACGGCAGUGCCCAGGGAGAUGCAGCUGCACCCAGCACCUGCCUCCGGGACGGCAACUGGUUUCUCAAACUUCUACAGGCUGAGACGGCACGCAUGGAAGGCUGGUGUCAACAGAUGGAGCAGGAGACCAAAGACAAGGACAUCUCAGAGGAGGUGAUGGGCACGGUCCGCAGUGCAGUGGGCAGUGCCCAACUCCUCAUAGCCCAGAAGUUCCAGCAGUUCAGAGGGCUCUGUGAUGAGAACCUUAAUGUGAAUGCCAACCCUCAGCCCACAGCUCAGGACCUGGCAGGGUUCUGGGACCUCCUGCAGCUCUCUGUAGAGGACAUCAGUGUCAAGUUUGAUGAGCUCUGGCAACUCAAGGCCAACAACUGGCAGCUGCCGGAGAAGGAAGAGAAGAAGCCUGCACCCCCCGUUGUGCCAAAGAAGACAUCCAAGCCCAAGCUGAGCCCUGGGAAGGACCGGAGCAUAGAUUCGGCGGUGGACAAGCAGCGGCAGGAGGCCAGGAAACGCCUGAUGGCGGCCAAACGUGCGGCCUCCGUACGACAGAACUCUGCCACGGAAAGCUCAGACAGCAUUGAGAUCUACGUCCCCGAGGCCCAGACACGCCUCUGAGAACAGACCACCAUUGGCACCCUGCUCCCUCCACAUUUAAGGAACAGCCACAAACACACACACACACUAGUGAACACACACACACCUUGCUCCCCAUGAAGGAACAGCCUCAAACACAGUAGAGAAACACCCAGAGACACAGAGGUUGGUCCCCUAAUUGCAGCGCAGCGUCCGAUAGGACGAGAGCACAGGAAUCGCAAAAAAUGCAGAACAAUGCUAAACUUUUCCCUUCCUGGCUGCCAUGGAGACAGAGACCUGAACAGACAUUUAGUACUAUUGUUAUUAAUAUUAUAUUGAAUAUUGUUUUCUCCUAAAAUAUAUCAAGAAGAAUCUUGGAUAAAAGGACAUUCUUAUUCCUUGUGAGCUUAAGAAUCUUGGUAUCCCAGAAGUUUACUCUCUUCUCACCCCCUCACUGCUUCUGAGUCUGCGAGCUGGGCUGGGCUCUCUCGUUUACGAGCUACGGACCACCACACUCAGGAUACACACAGUUGUACUCACUCACGGUCCACACACAGAGUCUUCCUCUUCUCACUUUGUAUUAGGCUGCCACUGCAUUGGUUGUGGACGGUAAGCUUUACUGUGUAUGGAAUCAAAUCUAUAUGAGAUGGGGUUGUCGUGUACAGAGGUAUGACACAGUCAGAAGACCAGAGGAAGACCGUAGCAUUAGAUCUAUCUCACACUCUGGCUAUUAGUAGGAUGGGUCUUUUUUUUUUAAUGUUCUUUGCCAGAUUGUUUGUUAGACGAGGUCCAGUGUUCAGUACUAAGUUAUUUUUUUUAUAGAACAGGUACAUGUACUGUCAUGAUGAUAUUUGCACAUGAUGCAAUCAUUAACUCUCGCUCAUAAACACACACUGUGCUGUCUGUCAGCGUCUGUGCAGACUCAUGUUUUGUCUUAUAUGCCCCUUUUAGGGAAGAAGAGAGAUUACUAUGGCCAGUUGAUGUGUGCUACAGUAGGAAUGUAAAAUGCAUUGAAAAUAACUUGUUGACUGCACCUUCCACUCCCAACUGUUUACCCCAGAUCAAGUCAGCGCCCUUCUGUUUCCCUGUUUAUUCUGGCUACUUAUUUGGUGCAGGGGACCAUGUGUAUCUCUAUUUAUUACAUUCCCAGUUUCACACUCAACUUCCUUUACAGGGACUCCCAAGCAGCAUUGCUUCAAUUUGAAUCAGAAAGGGGAAUCGACUGUAAGCUCCCUGUCUUCCCUGAUUACAAAGACUGAUUUAUUUUCACCUGCAUAGGCCAGAGCUCUGCAAGUGAUUUCGGGAGACAACUUGUAUAAGUAAAAUUGGACAUUUGAGAUGGCAACGUAAAAAUGAUUCUGAUGUCCAGUCAAAAAAAACAACCCCUAGCCUCUUAAACGUUCAGUUUUUUUUCAGAUCUGAAGCGAUAGGUAAUAGCCAAACGAUAUGUAAUGAGUGUACCUAGUCAUGCAAUCCACGAUACUGCUUCCUCCAGUCUAAUUCUUAGACUAGGGGUUGUUUUCUGACAGGGCUGAGUUCUCAGGCUGAGCACUCAGUCACUUAACACACCAACAGUCAAACCAACAGCACUUUGGUCAUCAUACCCCAUUAAUAACCACCACUUGAUUGGUCAAAGCCUUAACUCAAAACUGUCUGAAAUGAAUAAUGAUCCAAAAGAAUGAAUACAUACCAUACAUUAUAAAGAAAUGUAUUUGCGUAAGUAUCACCCAUCUGUGCAUUCAAAAGGUCCGAAUCAAAGUAUUGGUGUCUGGUCAAGUACUAUUCCUGUUUUGUUGACGUGUUUCAGACUAUGCUCCAGCUGAAUUAUUGUAGUCAUAUUAGUGUCUGGCAGCUUGACCUUUCAUUCCUUUAUACAGAAAAAAUGCACAUUGAGGAGAUUCAGGGACUAGGGUACAUUAUUUUUAAGCAUUUUAUUUAGUAUGAGACAUUUCAUGUGACCUGUUUUGAAUUUGUUUGACCUGUGCCACAAUGGGUAUUGGUAUUUUUCUGGGUUUGGAGAGUUGAUGGUGCUGCACAGGAUUGACCAUUGUACUGAGAUGGUGUGAAAUUAAAUGCCUUUUCAAGAGAAACAUUUCAGCAUCACUGAAACAGGCUUAUUCCCACUAUCGCAGGACUAUAACAUGCAUGUAAAUGAGCUUUCAGCUUUGCAUUUCUCGUAACAUGAAAGUUAAUUUUCGCAAAUGAAUCUUAACGUUCCACUCAUUCUCUGAAUUCCAAAUCAAGCCCCUAGCCAACGCACUUCUGUAGAUCUGAAACUAUAGGACAGGUUGUAGGCCGUCAUUGUAAAUAAGAAUUUGUUCUUAGCUGACUUGCCUAGUUAAAUAAAGCACUAUGGUGCAAGAAAUUCCACCCAGUCUAACCGAAGCAAAUAACCUCUGAUCAAAGGUAAUGUGAUGUUAUGCAUACACCUAUGUGAGAGAUUGAUUUGGAAUUUAGAAAUGGAUCAUCUGCAAUUUCAGGAUCUCCGUACUACUUUUCCCCUUGAAGAGCUGGCUCUCCCCCCCCUAAAUGGUCAACACCUUUGUCACAUGGCUGCUCCCUAUGUGCUGAUCUGAUCCACAGUCAGUUUUGUAUUUUUAUCUCAUAAUGUCAAAAAAUUGAGAGAAUUAGAAGAACUGGGAAAGCAGCUGAUGCAGUACCAUUAUGUUAAUUAUUUUGUUUAUUUGUAAUACAUCAACUACAGACAUGUACAUUUCAUUGUCCAAAGAAAUCAUUAAACAUCCCUUUGUUACAGUA